CUACAAUUAUAAGUGAAAAGUGCGAUUGUAGAAACAUUUUGAUAACAUAGAAGUGUAAGUUUUAAAAAUUUAAAGUACGAUUUUGAUUGUAAUUCUAAAAAUAAUGACAACUUAGUCAUUUGUCUAAGCACCCUUAGUCAUGAUAGUCAUGAGAUCCUCUCCUUCAAGUAGCAAAAAGCCAAAACCUAAACCUCAAGAAAACUAAGGGUGAGAAGCGGUGCGGUUAUGACCAGACCAGACCAGACCAUGCACACGGUUUGUGGUCCAGACCGAGAGGUUUGAACACAAACCAUGGACCAUACCAUAUACUAUACAGUCCAGAUCAGACCACGCUUGUGCGGUGCGGUCCGGUAAGAUCUGGACCAGGCAGACCAUGUUCAAAAAAAAAAAUCACGCUUAUUCCGCUCUCCAGCCCUCCCCGGUAUCUAUGAAAAUAAAAUUUUCGAUGACCAAUAUGCUAGUGAAACAAAAAUUUAGUGAUCGUAAUUAAAAUGGGAAGAAAUAUAUGAGGAGAGAAUUUGACUUUUUCAAUUUUCUAACUCUCUUUCCAAUCUCCGUGGCUCUAUCUAGUAUGACAGUAUCCAUUAAAAACACACACAUCAAACAACCUUGUUUCCCUCUUUCUUUUUGUACCACCGCUUCUCUCCCUCUCUCGGGUGAUCCAGAAGGUUCUCGUCUUUGAUCACCAUCUUGAUGAUGUCGGGGUUGUUUUGAACUACUAAGAUAGUCGUUUAUCUCUCAAUAAUUUCCCUUAUCUCAUCAAGGUGAAUGAAUUUGUGUUUCUUUUUAUCGAUCCAUAGUCUAGACAUUGUCAGUGAAUAUUAUUUAUGAAUCUUUCUUGUUUCUUUUUGGUUCUUUGAUAAGGAGAUAACAUAUAAGCAAUCAUUUGGGCAAUCUGUUGGCUUUCAACUGGAUGCAUAAUCAACUAAAUUUGUUCUUCAAUUAUGGAAAUGGAGGUUUAAUUUAGUGUUAUUUUCGUCUAAGUUAGUAGGUAGUGUGUCACGGUCUUUCACAAUUUAAUGUGAUAUCCCGCCGUCCAGACCACACACUAAAUGAGGAGACCAUAAACCAAACGUCCAAACCAUACCAUAGUUUUAGUCUCACAUUCCACACCAAACCAUACAAUACGAUCUAGACCACGAUUCCCAUACAGUUUGGUCUAGUUUCCAGCCCUAAAGAAAAUCACCAAGAUAUGCUUUAGCAAAAAGAAUUUAUUUUUAUUAUAAAAAAGAAUAAUUUAUUUUUCCCGGUCUGGUUGUAACCGGAUAUUGGGUUGCAAUCUGGUUUGGUUUCCAGUUAUAAUGGUGGACAGAAAAACCGAUCUGAUCCAAUCCGGGUUUAAACUGAAAUAACUGGAUAACACAAAAGCCUGCACCCCAGCAAGCCUGCCCACCCUAGCCCACACCCCACGAAGCCCAAUACCCAACCUCCUCAAACCUGAAACUGAUCUUAUCCUUCUCCUCCCUCACACGCACAGACAUAAUUAAUUGUUCAGUUUCAUUCUCCAGUUCUCGCGAUUCACCUCCCAGCAGCAGUCGUGUGAGCUCGCUUCGUUCUCAUUUGCUAUCCCCCGAACAGCGCCUCAUCAUCGUGUUACUCCUCUUCAUCAUCAAUUCGUUGUUUCUGGGUACGUCUUGUUUCUUCUUUCUCACCGGCUUGUGAUUUGUAAUUCCCGUCAGUUCUCUGUCCUUCUGUUUGUUGUUUCAUGAUCUGGGUAUUCGAAAUUACCUCCGGGUAUUGCUCAUUGGGUGAUCUGUGCCUUGAUCUGAUGAAAAAGUUCGUUUCUUUUUGUCGUUUUGCUGCCUGGUAAUUAAAAAAAACGUCAUUUUCCCCCUCCUCCUGGGGGGUUUCGUUUGAUUUGGCCGCUCCAAAUGGUUUGAUUCCUUGGCGUGUUGAUUUCCUGCUUGUCUUUGAAUUCAAUGUUUGCGAUUGGUUUUCAAUUACCACUAAUGAGUGUAUUGAUUCUUUGAAGAAACUGAGGACAUCACGACCUUAAUAGGUUGCAUUAGGGAGCUAUUAUAUGGUAGUUUCUGGUCUCGUAUUGCAAUAUUUUGGUUCUUGCUCAUUCUAAAGAACCAAUGCGUAUUGGUACAUCCAUAAAUAAAAAAUUGCAUUGAGAGUCAUGCUACUGAAAUUGGGAAAGCUAGGCUAGUGAAGCGUAGUGAUGCGCAUCCAUAGCUGCAACUGGCAUUGGUAUUUAGAGUACAAACAUUGACUGGCUGUAGAAAGAGAUGGCAAUUAAAACUCGAUUUUGGUGACGGUGGUUAAAAGGGAGAGAGGUAGGAUUCAUCUUCAAAUUAUCUCGGCUAGCGCCUGAUAGACGGUAGGGCAUAACGGCAGUCAGGUGGAUCGAUGGUGGUGCUCUCCUAAUUUCUUGAUUUUGGGUGUGUUUUCAUAUACCAUGCUCCUUUCUAGUUGUCGAUAGGUUGUAUGGCGGAUCUUAAUUUUAAUUUGUGAUGAUGGUUGACGAUUAUGAUGUUAGGUUGUACCUAAUUUGUUUACGGUAUAUAAUUUUCUUUUCAAAAUGCGGCCUAGUGCUCUACUAAGUACUGGAUCCGCUGCUGGUUACUCGAAUUUUCAUUUCCUUGCAUCCACCGCCUUCGCUCUUACGUUCUCUUCUUCUUUGUCAACAAUCAACAAUUAGAUAUCGCGAGGUUGCCGACAAAAGCUUCCUGUAAUGGAGGAGAAGAAGGAGGAGCACGACCCUAUUGUCCAGAUGAACAAGCAGAAGAAACUUGCAACUACUACGAAGAAGGAAGUUAUUCGGUUGGAGAAGGAAUCCGUCAUUCCUAUUCUUAAACCCAAGCUCAUCAUGACCUUAGCCAACCUCAUCGAACAAAGCAACGACCGAGCUGAAUUCCUCAAACUCUGCAAGCGAGUCGAGUAUACUAUUCGAGCUUGGUACCUUCUUCAGUUUGAAGAUCUCAUGCAAUUGUAUUCCUUGUUCGACCCUGUAUCUGGAGAACAGAAAUUGAAACAGCAGCACCUUACCUUAGAGGAAAUCCAAACUCUCGAGCAGAAUUUCCUUUCUUACUUGUUUCAGGUGAUGAGUAAGAGUAACUUUAAGAUAGCAACUGAUGAGGAGAUUGAUAUUGCUCUCUCAGGUCAGUAUCUGUCUAAUCUCCCAAUUAAGGUGGAUGAGUCCAAGCUUGACAAGCAACUUUUGAGCAGUUAUUUCGCGAAUCAUCCUCAUGACAACCUUCCCGAAUUUUCAAACAAGUAUGUUAUCUUCCGUCGUGGCAUUGGAAUUGAUCAGACCACGGGCUAUUUUUUCAUGGAGAAAAUUGACAUGCUUAUUGCUCGUAUUUGGGCUUACCUUUUAAGGGUUACAAGGUUGGAGAAACUUUUCUCAAGAAAGUCAACCAAAAAACAACGGAGAGCUCUCACGGAAAUUGAUGACACUGAUUCGGAAGAGAACAAAGACAACUUUUUUGUCGAACGUAUCCGUCUAGAAAAUAUGGAACUUAGCGUGAAGAAUUUGCUGAGCAAGACAACAAUUCAGGAACCGACAUUUGACAGGAUAAUAGUUGUUUAUCGGCGAGCAAGUACAAAGGCGAAAGUAGAGCGUGGUGUAUAUGUGAAACAUUUCAAAAACAUUCCAAUGGCUGAUAUGGAAAUCGUUCUUCCAGAGAAGAGAAAUCCUGGAUUAACUCCAAUGGACUGGGUCACGUUUCUUGUUUCAGCUAUAGUUGGAUUGGUAGCAGUUGUUAGUUCACUUGAAUCGCCUACAGAUGAUCUUUGGGUUAUGCUUGCUGUUCUCUCAACAGUGGUUGGCUAUUGUGCCAAGACAUACUUCACUUAUCAGCAAAACUUGGCGGCAUAUCAGAACUUGAUUACCCAGUCUAUGUAUGACAAGCAGUUGGAUAGUGGAAGGGGCACUCUUCUUCACCUGUGUGACGAUGUGAUUCAACAAGAAGUGAAAGAGGUGAUAAUAUCAUUCUUCAUAUUGAUGGAACAAGGCAAGGCUACUAGAGAGGAUUUGGAUGUACGGUGUGAGGAACUACUGAAUGAAGAGUUUGGGGAAAGCUGCAAUUUUGAUGUAGAUGAUGCUGUUGAGAAGUUGGAGAAGCUUGGGAUUGUUUCAAGGGAUUCUCUUUCAAGGUAUCAGUGUGUGGGGCUAAAACGAGCCAACGAGAUAAUUGGCACCACAACGGAGGAGAUUGUCCUCAAGGCCAAGCAGGGUGUUAGUCCCCAAUGACAUACAUGAUGCCUGCCCCAACAGUCUGCCUCAUGGGAAUGAAAGCUUGCAUGGGCAUGGGGUAGUUUAUGCUCAAUUUGUGGGAAGUUGUAAAGAGACUUACUUCUUGGUAGGGUGAUAAUAGAAUGCGUGUAAAUCCAUGGCAUGGGGAAGGGAUAAGAGUUUGCUUUGCUAUUUGAUUUUUGGUGUUUUGAAUAAUAAGACAGUAGCAAGAGAUGCUUAUCUUUUGUUUCUUAGUUUUGUGGAUAAGUGACUUCGAGUUCUAUAAUGAGUAGUCAUUUUAUUGAUAAGAAAACGGAAGUAUGCAUAAGAUGGCGAGAGUUACUAAUUAACGUCCUAGGUUUUUAAAAUUUAUCGCCCUAAUUUUUUAAUAUGACAUUUUUGUUUCAUUUUUUAUUCCCAGUCUAACAAACCUUCGCCCUAUAAUUAUUCCCUGUAGUCGUUGUUCCCAUAGGAGUCUUCACCGUAGCAGCCGCAACUUCCUUCCGCUACGCCGCUCGACUUAGGAUUCCUCACGGCGGUAGGGAAUGCUACUCGGUCUGCCUCGUCGUCACCGCCAUCGCAGCAAAGUAGGGAUGGCAACUUUGCCCAUACCCAUGGGUUUCUUACUAUCCAACCCAAUUGAGUUGGGUAUGAAAUCCAAAUAGAUGGAUAUGGGUAGAGUUUGAUGUGUUUGUACCCAUACCCAUUUACUUUGGGUUGAGUUGGGUUUAUAUCAAAUGGAUUUGGGUUUGUACCCAUGCCCAAAUACAAAUUACAGUUUGAUACCCAAACUUAAUAGAUAUGCAAAUUUAGUACCUAAAAUUAAUUUUGUUUGCAUAUAAGUCCUCAAAAUAUCGAUGGAAAAUUACGUUUUGGUACCUAAAUUUUUUUGGUCUUACAUUUUGGUACCUAAACUUUUCAAGUUUUACAAAUAGGUCCAAUUUUUGCAUGAGUAGUUAAAACACCCUCAAGUAAAUGGAUAUCCAUAUCCAACUCAUACCCAUUUAGAUUAUGGAAGCCCCAAACCCAAACCCAUCUAUAAACCUCCAAAUCCAUAUGCACUUCACCCAUACCCAACCCAUUAUCAUUGGGUCUACUUGGAUUUGGGUAUAAUUACCCAUGGGUGGCGACGAACAAAGCAAAACUAGGGAUUGGGGGCGACUGUUUUAAAGAAUCGGGGUAAUGUCGUCUAAUUGGUUAAUGUAGAGCGAAAUUUUUAAAAAUUAGGGCGUUAAAUAGGAAUCUAUAUGGGGAUGGGCCAUGCCGAUUCUCUUAUCGGUGCAUUAACAUAAGAAGAGAAAGAUUGCCAAUAGCAGCCAUUAUAUACUGAGGUGGGAAGCAGCUCUCAAUUUCAUGGCGAUUUUCUGCCCAGUCAAUAUAUUGCAAAUGUAUCACGAUAUCCUUUAUCUCAUGAUAUAUCGUCAAUUUAUCGGGUUUUGAUUUUGGUCUUGAGAGCACGAGGCGUUCCGAGGCCACCAUUUUGGUCUCGAUCAAUAUAUCAUGUCAUUUUAACAAUAGUGUUUUAUAUUCUUGUAAUAUUUUCAGUUUCACUUUAGCAUCAUGAACCAGCAACGAAUCCGAGACAUUUGAAUAGAAUAUUAGAUACAAU